AUGCGCCUUACUAGAGCGCUGCUCAGUGCGCAACCAGCUCGGCUGACACUCUUUACUCGCGCGCACUGCGGCCUAUGCGACACCGCCAAGUUGACCCUUUCGAAGCUCCAACAACGACGGACAAUCCGCUACACUGAAGUCGAUAUCAUGGUACCGGAGAACAAGAAAUGGAAGGAUGUCUAUGAGUUUGAUGUGCCUGUGCUUCACGUGCAACCUGCAGCCUCGGAAGAUGAGUCGGGGCUACGGAAGCUGUUUCAUCGAUUCUCGGAGAGUGAGGUCGAGAGAGUGGUUGAUGAGGUAGAACAAUGA